UCUGUGCGCCGCUGUCGCGCCGGUUACGUCAGAAGAGCCGGCCGGGCUGAGCGCAGAGCAGCAAGGGACAGACACUGGCAAGAGUUGGGGAGAAGAAUCCACCUGAUGGGGGCAGUGUUGAGUCCCUGGGAGCAAGAAGACCCCACCGCUUGGCAGGUCCUGUGAAGGGAUCCCAGGGACUGGCAGAAAGGUGUCAGAACAACUCCUUAGCAAAGGCUCACCUUGGAAAGAGGACCUUCUGUAGUCCCCUCUGCCCUGAUGACACCGUACUGAAACUCUGGUGUUGUUUCCACAGAGCUGUCUAGCCUUUAGCCCUUCGUUUUGGUUGAGGACAUGACCAACCAGUACAGUAUUCUCUUCAAACAAGAGCAAGCCCAUGAUGAUGCUAUUUGGUCAGUUGCCUGGGGGACAAACAAGAAAGAAAACUCUGAAACAGUGGUCACAGGAUCCCUGGACGACCUAGUGAAGGUCUGGAAAUGGUGUGAUGAGAGGCUGGACCUGCAGUGGAGCCUGGAGGGACACCAGCUGGGGGUGGUAUCUGUGGACAUCAGCCACACCCUGCCCAUUGCUGCUUCUAGCUCUCUGGAUGCCCACAUUCGUCUCUGGGACUUGGAAAAUGGCAAACAAAUAAAGUCUAUAGAUGCAGGACCUGUGGAUGCCUGGACUUUGGCCUUUUCACCGGAUUCCCAGUAUCUGGCCACAGGAACUCAUGUGGGAAAAGUGAACAUUUUUGGUGUAGAAAGUGGAAAAAAAGAAUAUUCUCUGGACACAAGAGGAAAGUUUAUCCUCAGUAUUGCCUAUAGUCCUGACGGGAAGUACCUGGCCAGCGGAGCCAUAGAUGGAAUCAUCAAUAUUUUUGAUAUUGCAACAGGGAAACUUCUGCAUACGCUGGAAGGCCAUGCCAUGCCCAUCCGCUCCUUGACCUUUUCCCCGGACUCUCAGCUCCUCGUCACUGCAUCAGAUGAUGGCUACAUCAAGAUCUACGAUGUACAACAUGCCAACCUGGCCGGCACGCUGAGUGGCCAUGCCUCCUGGGUGCUGAACGUUGCCUUCUGUCCUGAUGACACUCACUUCGUCUCUAGUUCAUCUGACAAAAGUGUAAAAGUGUGGGACGUUGGAACAAGGACUUGUGUUCACACCUUCUUUGAUCACCAGGAUCAGGGAGAGUGGUAGACCCCUGGAUUGGGACUGCUGCUGUUAAUGUCCAUCUAGCAGAGGCGGGGACCUGCUGUCACCUAGUGGAGGUGCCCCUGCCUGUGUGACAGCGUGCGACAAGCACAGCCUCUUUGCCGGGGGCUCUCUGGGCCCGUCCAAGCCAGGACCAGCUUGGCAAGGACCCUCCUGGUCAGCAGCUGCCUUUACUCAUAGUCACUAUUUGCCAUUUUUAGAACUGUCCAAAAAAGAAAUGAGAUUGUUCUUUAAUAUAGUAGAAGGAAAUUCUUACAGGUUGUUUGGAUUUGAUUUCCAUCUUUGAAAGGAGCCUCUGUCUGUACUUUUGCCGAGGUGUGAAGUGUUUCUGGUGUUCUUGUGUGGUACAUAUUGGUCUUAAUGUGCAUGUGGAUCCCCUGGGGUCCCCUAAGUAAACUGCAGGUCAGACCCAGCAGGUCUCCUGUAGAUCUGGUAUUGCAUCUGUCACAUGCCCCAAGAGGACAGCACACUGCUAACCCGCCACUGUGAAGAUCAGGGUCUAGGAACUCGUCAGCAUACAAACAAACAAGCAUAAAUGUGGCUUUGGACAUGCUCUGAAUGUUUCCAGAUGUUAAUAGAUUUCUUUUGGAAUGCAGUUUGGAGUGGUUACCUAACUGCGCAUGCUGAUUCACUCUUACAUUGUGACCCAUAGAGUCCCGGGGGGUUGGUCUUGAUAUUGACAGUCUACUGCUGGACUCAGGGAAUAAGUACUGGUGCUUUGUGGCCUUGUAUGGGGGUCCGAGUGCUGCUGUUGCAGAGGAAGAGAUUUGAAGAGGGAGUAAGCCCGUCAUGUGGCCCAGUCAUCAUCCUGAAGUCCAUCUCACAGCCAGAGUGACAACCUGAUGCCCUAGAUCUGCUUCAAAUCAGAAAGACGGCCCUGAAGAUCGGAACUUGGCACAUCAGCUCUGCCUGGGAAGGAAGUGUGAAGCUGUUCAUUCAGUGCAUGGCACAUAAAAUCAGUGGUAUCCAUGGUGCCUGGCCCCCAGGCUUCUAAUAACAAGUGGAAGAUCGUGACCAGGGCAUUGUGGAUGGGGUAGGAUGAGCAGCGGCAGUUUUCUUCUAGGCAGUGACCUUGGGCUUGUGGGUCUCCUUCUGGCACCAUAAAUGCUGGUCCUUUGUGGAUUCCAUGGUGAUCCUCUGGAUUCUGAGUCUUCGUAAGGGUUGUAGGUUAUCCUGGUUAGUGUAGAAAUAAAAAUGUGCUGGAGGCGGGGGUAAUAAUAACAACAAAAGGAAGGUGCCUGGUUAAAGAGAAGCCACCAUCUUCUCUGAUAUAGGAAGUGUAAGAAUGCCCUCAACUCAAGUAUUUUCCUGAAUUCAGAAUAAUGAGCAGUAAAUGAAGAUGUUCAUUUUGUAAACAGUGUUCAGAAAGAAAACAUUAAUAGAACUUUUAAA